GGCGGAGCCCCGGCCGCUCAGACGGGACGAGCAGCAGCGCUAGAGAGAGCUGGUCCAGCGCGAAGAUGAGAGCCGUGGUGUUGACCCUCGCCCUGCUCUGCCUGACGGGCACCCAGGCCCGCUCCUUCUGGCAGCACGAUGAGCCCCAGGCACCCCUGGAUCGCCUCAGGGACAUGGUCGAUGUGUACCUGGAGACAGUGAAGGCCAGCGGCAAGGAAGCCAUUGCCCAGUUCGAGGCCUCCACCGUGGGCAAACAGCUGGACCUGAAGCUGGGCGAGAACCUCGACACGCUGGGCGCAGCCGCCGCCAAGCUGAGAGAGGACAUGGCCCCCUACUACAAAGAGGUGCGGGAGAUGUGGCUGAAGGACACCGAGUCCCUGCGCCAGGAGCUGACCAAGGACCUGGAGGAGGUGAAGGAGAAGAUCAAGCCCUUCCUGGACCAGUUCUCUGCCAAGUGGACGGAGGAUCUGGAGCAGUACCGCCAGCGCCUGGCACCCCUCGCCCAGGAGCUGAAGGAGCUGAGCAAGCAGAAGGUGGAGCUGCUGCAGCAGAAGCUGACCCCGGUGGCCGAGGAGGCGCGGGACCGUCUGCGCGGGCACGUCGAGGAGCUGCGCAAGAACGUGGCCCCCUUCAGCGAUGAGCUGCGGCAGAAGCUGAGCCAGAAGCUGGAGGAGAUCCGGGAGAAGGGCAUCCCCCAGGCCGCUGAAUACCAGGCCAAGGUGGUGGAGCAGCUCAGCAACCUGCGUGAGAAGGUGACGCCCCUGGUGCAGGACUUCAAGGAGCGCCUCACCCCCUACACCGAGACCCUCAAGGCCCGUUUCCUCAGCUUGCUGGAGGAGCUCCAGAAGAGCGUGGCCUGAGCUGCCGGCCGGCGCCGCCAGGGACUGACCCCAGCCCCUCCCCGCAGCCGCCCCGGUGCUCCCUGUCCUGCCCUGGGCACUUCUCCUCAGGGGGCUCUGGGGACAGGCUGCAGGAGCCCCGGGCCAGCCCAGCUCUAGGGUGUCCUCCCCAGAGACCCCCUCUUCCCCUAGACUUGCCUCCCCAACCCGGCGUCGCUCUCAGCUUUGUCUCCCUUUUGAGAAAUAAACUUGACUUAAGUUAUUGGA